GUUGCUUUGACACCUGUUUGCCUUGUUAUUAGAUUGUGAUUAGCUUUAGCAUGGCAAACUUUACGUCUUUGCAAGAUCGCCGACCUGAACAAUGUACUGGAUCGCACAAAGAACCAAAUUCCUGCCCACAGUCUAGUGCUACAUCAGAAACAUGUAAUUUAACAAAGAACAAAUCUUCACUUCCAACGCACCCAACAAUAUCGACCUACCAUGGCAUUCCAAAUCAAGUGGAUGAACUUUUACCAGACGUCGUGCUACACUUCACAGACCCCGACUUCAAUUACUCACUACCUGACAGGCAGAGCUGGCCUUAUGGUACGACGGCUUACCACCUACAGCCAAGGUGGACGCCGCUGCCACAAGAAAUAUUCAUAUCAAUCUUAUCAUGGCUACCCCUUGAUUCAUUGGUACGUUGCAUGAGAGUCUGCCGUGAAUGGAAUCAGUUCAUUCAGUACACUCGUGCGCUUUGGGAGGAAAUGAGCUGUGAUGACGAGUAUAGCGUUGAUCAGGACACAAUUGAGCGUUAUAUGAAGAGAGCUGGUCAAAAUGGCAUUCGAAAAGUGUCUCUUGGCUCUUCUACCGCGAUGAAACUCGAUGUAAGACUAUUCAUAAAAGCAUUGCUCGAACAAGGCGUUGGCAAUUUGCAAUAUCUUGAUAUGUCGGACUGGAGAUUGCCUACACCUGAUUGUCUACAGUUGUUCAAUGAAGCAAGGCUGUCCUUACGCUACCUAAAUCUCUCCAACCUGCCUUGGAUUGAGAUUGUUUGGAAACAUGCCAUCUUAACAUUGGAAAAUUUGGAGCACAUCGAAUACUACAACUGCUAUCCAGAAUUGUUACCCGAUCUCGAACUACCUUUGAGGAGAUCUUUGAAGACUUUACGUGCAAGUGGAUCGUUUGGAGUGACUAGCAAUUUAAUUUCUAGAUUACGGCAAUUUCCCAAUCUGCAGGAGGUCACACUUAACUCCAUAAGAAUACGCAACCCACUGAGUCUCUCUGGAUUCAUCAUUGAGCUUCCAAGCAUUCGAAAACUACACAUCAGGAUGCCUCUUUGGCCAGGAUUCGAAUACCCUUCACAAAUAGGAACACAGUCACUUACCGCCGAGUACAUUAAACAAAUCACCAUCAACUCUUGUAACCUGGAAUACCUGUCCUUUUCCUCGCCUUCCGCAUUGGCAGUAUGUGAUGAUGAACUCAGUGCUGUCCUGGACGGCUGCUCCCAACGGCUGGCGGUCUUGAAGAUUUCCGUAUCAAAAAUCACCGACCAAGCUCUCUUGCAUAUGGCAUCACUCAAACUCCCUUGCCUCCAUACGUUAAGAAUAGCACAUUGCCCAAACAUAUCAAUGGAUGGAUUGAAACUGGCCAUUGAAUCUUGUCCACAACUUGUACAAGUCGAACUUAUGUACCUUACAGGCAUGAACAACACACUGUUAUCAUGCUUGGGCGAUUGUGCUUUUCUUCAAAUCGUCAAUAUUGCUUCUUCCAAAUCUAUUUUUCCCUUAUAUACCAGCAAAGGCUUACGACUCUUGGUUGGAAAGUCCAAAUCUCUUCAAAAAGUAUGCUUCCUUGGUCCCAAUCAAUUUGAACCAAGUGCAAUGGAAUAUACUCGGGCUACUUUGGGGACAACCAACUGCAUCUUUUCCUAAGUAAACCGUUGCAAUACUAUAUUAUCAAGAAACUGUAGAUAUUGUUCUGGUCUUAUUUUAGCUUACUUUACCACUGUAUGUAUACAAGAAAAAUUUGAAAUAUACAUGUGCAAAUCGUUCUUGG